AGGUGUUUGGAUAAUUCCUUUAUAAAUGUUAUAAAUACUCCCUUCGCGGUCCCCUCCCCAGCGUUGGAGGGGAUGCCUAAGGAAUACCUGUGAGGAAGGUUUCAUUUAAAGGUUCGGACUUGAUGAUCUUAAAGGACUCUUCCAAAUUUAUGAUUCUAUAAAUUAACAUUAUGCAAGAUGGAAUUGCUUUCCUCCUCUUUAGGAGAAAAGAGGUUUGACUUUUAGGAUUUUGUUGUGUUGUUUCAUUAGUUUAGGGUUUUUUUUCAUUUCUGGAUGUUUUAUUUGAUAGAAAGUUCCACUUGUAAUCAGCAACUUAAUUGCUUGGAGAUUUGUGUGUAAGUGUACCAGAAUAUGCUGAAUAGUUUACAUAAAACAGAAAAGUGAGAUAAUAUAUAUUUAUUGUUAGAGCCCUAUAUGGUUUUUAGUGGGACUUGCUCUUUUAAGCCGUUUUGACACUUCAAAGAAAAAAAAUAGUACCAGAUGUCCACUAUUGGCAAAUAGACACGAAUUAAAGAGAUGAGCUGUGCUCUUUGUCCAAGGGGUAAAUGCAUUUAUUUGUCCACAUGAGUGGUGCCAACAGGGAAUGCACAUGGCAUCAACUGCCUGGAAUGGAUGGAUAUCCAACCUGGAACAAGGGAGGAGCUGGCAACCAAUGGGUUAAGAAAAGUCAAUGUAUGAAUACAGUGUCCAGACAAAAAAUACUGCUUGCACGCCUUGAGGGCAGAAGUUCUCUGAAGAAUCUUGAACCUUAUCUGUUUGCUGAGGAAGGAUCUCCUGUUCAUGGAGAUGUUAUUGAAUUCCAUGGUCCAGAAGGGACGGGGAAAACAGAAAUGCUUUAUCACCUGAUAGCCCGCUGCAUCAUUCCCAAAGCAGAAGGAGGACUGGGAGUAGAAGUCAUGUUUGUUGACACAGAUUACCAUUUCGAUAUGCUCCGACUGGUCACCAUUCUUGAGAGCAGACUGGCACAAGGGACAGAAGAAAUGAUCAAGCAGUGCCUGGGAAGGCUUUUCCUUGUGAGCUGCAGUAGUAGCACUCAGUUACUCCUCACUCUCUACUCUCUAGAAAACCUGUUCUGUGCUCACCCCUCACUUUGUGUUUUGCUUUUAGACAGUUUAUCAGCUUUUUAUUGGAUAGACAGAAGCAACGGAGGGGAGAGUCUUACCUUGCAGGAGAUGAACCUGAAGAAAUGUGCUAACUUCCUUGAAAAGCUUGUGACACAGCACCACUUGAUCCUCUUUGCAACAACACAGACACUAAUGCAGAAAUUUGCAAGCUCUGCCGAAAGCUUUUUACCUUCAAAACUUCCACAUGAAACUGACACAGACUACAGGCCUUAUCUCUGUAAAUCAUGGCAGCAAAUGGUAACCCACAGGAUAUUUUUCUCUAAGCAGUGUAAUUCUGGCAACAGCAAGGGUUUUACUGUAGUUUCUUGCCACCUCAAAAGAAACCAGAUAGUAAAACGUUCAUUUAGUAUUGCAGAAUGUGGAGUUCAGUUUUAACACCAGUUUCUUUUUAUAAAAGUUUAUCAAAUCCUGGUGCUUAAGGCCUGAUUAGGUCUAAGUAGCUUUUAGUAACUUUUCAACUAGCUAGUUGUUGCUGGGUGUUUAAUAAUUGUUGUCAACAUUUUCUCAAAAUUCAGUGAAGGGCAGGGAAUGGUAAGAUUUUUUAAUUACUUCAGCAAUUCAGUCCAAACUAUAGAGGAAUGUUGACAUUACUUGUUUGUACUUAAUCAAGAAAAUGGUAACCAAAGACACAUUAAAGUCUUAGUAUCCUUCAGCAGUGUAACCUAUGUGGCCAAAUGCCUAUUGGUAUUUCUGGAUAUUGCUGCUUUACACGCCUUUGUUUCCAAGCUCCAGAAGUAGGAGCCUCCUUGUCUGUGGCAGAGGUUGCAGAGAGACCAGAGUUCACUCCUUAUAAACAUUGGCCUUGGUUAAUUCCCUGUAGCUUUGGGCAUAAGAAAUGCCGAUUUUGCCUGAAGAAGGGGAUUAAUUUUCACAGCCUAUUAAAUAGUGGUGAUCCAGACUGUGCUGCUAUUCCUGGCUCUCAGCCUCUCCACUUACCUUAGUGAGUGCUCAGAGGAGCAGGGAUUGCAGGUAUUCUGACCCUUACAAACAUCUACCAUUGAAGAAUCUUCAGCUAUUAAAGAAAUAGAGGCCUGGUUUCCAUAGCUGAAGGAAAAGUAAAGACCCAGCUCUGGAUACCUGUGAGUUUGUGCUGCAUGCAGCAAACAAUUUAGUUUUUGAAAACAAUUAAGUGCAAGUUACAGGUUGUUUUGGGAGUGGAGGUGGGUUUUUUCGUUGUUGUUUAUAAUUUUUUAAAGAUGCACAGACUUUUUUCUCUUCCCUCCCUCAUUAUUCCUUCCCAGUUCUUUCCCUUCCCCACUCUCUCUAAGAAAUCCAGGAAUGCCAUGCCUCUGGUCUUUACCAAUAUGUAUUUGCCACAUGUAGAACAUUUGUGUGCAGGAUUUGCCAUGUAACAUGUUGCAAUUCUGGCAAAGAAGAUUCAGAACUUAUGAGAAAUGCCCUACAGUUCUGGCAAAGAACACCACAUUAUUUAUGAACCUAGAGUGCCCUUUGAAAGCUUCAAAGUACUUUACAAGAAAGAAAAUUGCACACAGUACAUUAUUUAAUACAAAAACUUACAUUAGCUUACAAAUUCAAAUUACUCAAACAAGGGGGAAAUACUUCUCACAGCGAUGUUUGUUCAGUCAUGUUGCACAGCACAUUUUAUAGUUUAGAUUGAAGAGAUUAUUAACAAAAAUGCACAUUAAGAAGCAUCUAGCUCUGUAUCUUUUUGAGGAAAAUGCCUAAAAAACUCUGUUGUGAGACACUUACCUUUGAAUUUCCUGACUUCUGAAGCAGCUUUUUCAAGCUGAAUAUAUGUCUGGAAUCCCAGCUGUGUAUAGUUCAGUUCCCCCCUGGGUUCCACUGUGGCUGUUCACAAUGAGUUCAGUUUAAUUACUCUUUCUUUGGGAAAAGUUUCUUUUUUCCCUUCUCAUUUUAAACCUUCCAUCUGAUCACUUCUUCACACCCAUCAGUUCUUUUACUCUGACACACCAGCGAACUUUGCCUUUUCAACAUCUCCCCUGAGCUGAUAAUUUUAUAGAAUGUCACUUCAUUUGUGUUUUUCAUCCAUCAGCACCAAUAUGUAUUUCAUCUCAAAACCUGCCUAAGUACACAAAUCCAUGAAAAAAUAUAUAACAACCAUUCAGCCUAGAGUGAACCCAAGUUAGAUAGUUUACCAUGAGUAGACACAUUCACUAUGAAUUAUGAUAAAGGGCAUUAUUGAAUUUUUUGUAAAAAAGCAUGGGAAAUUUCAAGUAGAACUAGAGAAUUUUAAAAUUGGAAAAUUCUAGGACAAUGUAAUUUCUAUUAGAAAAAAAUGAAAACCAAACAGCCCCCCUUUCCAUUGGACAAUACAGCUCCACUGAUGAUUAACUUCUUCAUAAAAUCAUACUUGCUAAAGAAUACGCUUGAGAAAAAAAAACAAUGGAUAUGUUCUGGCAUUCCCGUCUGGAAAAAAAGCUUUUAUAUUCUUCACAAUGUAGUUUGUAUUUUGCAUUGUACUAUAAAAGAAAUGUCUAAAUUGAAAUGAAGCCAGAGUUCUAGUUGAUCAAAAAGAGCACCUCAGGAAAUUUUGAAAUUUCCCAGUUUUAUUUUUACUUUAAAUGCAGACAGAUUUUUUUAAUUCUCUGGUAAUUGUAAUAUUCAUGCUCUGUACAUUUGCUUUAGCUGUAUAGCAAGCCUGAAUUUCUGAGGUGCUGAGCAUCUGCAUAUCCCUGUAAUGCUGCAGGAGGGAUAGGCAGUACAUAAUCUGGGAGUUCACUGACCUCAUCCUCUGCCAAAAUUAUGCCAUUUGGAAAAAUGAACCUUUAGGAUACAAGUCUCAGAAAGAUGCAGUGAUAAAGAACCUGGGAAGCAGCAAGUUGGUUUGUACCUUAAUGCUCUGUGGGUAUUAAACAUGGGGUUGGCCAUUUUUUAAGUGGAGAAUUUUCUCAAGGUUUUGUCCUGAUUGUAGUUAGUGGAGACUGCAGUCCAUCCUUGUGAGCCUGGAAGAGUGUAUGAAAUGCAGCAUUACACCUGGAAUUCUCUCUUUAAUGCAGAUCCUCCUCUUUCACCUAGACCUGAAGUACCACCCUGUCUCCAGCCCACUGUCUCACCUGGGGUGCCCUGAGCUGCUGCAGCUCAGUCUCCCAGGAGGAAACACAUUUCAGGUUAGUAGGUCUGUGCCAAAUCAGCCCUGCAGAAGAGCGUGGAAUACAUGUAUUCCUGAACUCUGAUUUAGCCAGGUAUUUCUUAGAAAUGAAAAUCCUUUCAUGUCAGUGCCAUUAUUCUUCAGCUCAGGGUGGUAUUAUUAAGGCUUUUGUAGGCACAGGAACUUUUUACAUUCCUUAGAAUUUUGUUUGUUGUUUCAUAUGCAACAUGGAAUUAAAGCAGCAAGCUUGAAAUAAAGAGGAACUCAUUCACCCUUUCCCCCAUCUUUUUCAUAACAAGAGGUCUUCUUAACAAAACCAAAUUAAGGUAUUUUGCAGGUUUUAUAUUUAUUUUCUACUAAACUAGUAUUUCUAUGGACACCUGGAAAGAAAAUGUUGAAUUUUAUAUUCAGUUAAAAGUUCUUUGUAUUCCUAGACAUUUUAUAGAGCAAAUAAAAUACAAAUAACAGUUUGCUUGGUUGAAGUUUACACUUGCACAUAAAAUUCAAGUUUCCUUUUUCUUAUAUAACUAAACUCGGAAACAUAAUUUUCCUUGGAGUCUGGAAAUGGCAGAAUAGAAAUGUUCUCCUUUGGAAGCAUACCUGCAGUUGUAUUUCUGCUGGAGAGUAAUGGACAGAGGAAGAAGAAACACCACUUUGAUGGCAGCUGCAUAGAAGCUUUGGACUGUGUCUGAAGAGGAACAUGACUUUUUACUUUUCUGUGGCUGCUCUAAUAAAAUGUCUCUUGAACCACUUUA